ACCACAUUACUUUUAUUAGAAAAUAAAUAAAUAAAAAAAAUCUAAUAAUUUUUAUUUUUUAUUAUUUUCUUUUUCAACUGAUUUAUAACAUCUCCACCCUUACUUUCCGUACAACUUAACUCACCGGCGGCGAAGUGACUCACCUCGUUGACAUCGCCGCCGAUUAACUCCCACGAUGUCUUCGUUGUCUCCUGUCAUUUCUCCUACCGCAAACGCUACUGUUAUGUCACCUCCGCCGCCACCAAGCCCACCAGUGUCCCCUGGAGUCACGUUACCCCCUCCUACAGUUCUUUCUCCUCCGGAUUUGAUUCCGGCUCCGGCAACGGGGUUGUUUAAUUUGUCUACACCACCACCACCUUCAUCGCCACCGGGGAAUGGAGGUUUGUCGACGGGGACGCUGGUUGGGAUGAUCGUCGGUAUAGGGAUUGGAGGGAUGAGUAUGUUGGUUGCUGUGUGCUUUUUCUACAUUUUGUAUCGGAAAUAUAAAAAGAGGAAAAGGAGAAAGCAAGACUUGGAGAGUAACGGUGGAGGUGGAGGUGGACCUCCGUCACAUCCCAAGUAUGGACCUCCUCCAGGUGACCCAGGUCAGCAGCUGCAACAGGGUAAUACACCUGAUAACAAUAAAUUAGUAAUGUUUCCCAAGCCCACCCCUCCUGCAGGGGUUGUUUUAAAUUAUCCAGCAGCUUCAGCAAGCAGUAGCUCAGGCUCUGAGAAACCGCCCCAUAUACUAAUUCCUGUUAAGGGCUCGGAACUUUCACAAGGUACAUUUACUCAUGAGGAAUUAGCCAAAGCAACAGACGAUUUCUCCCCUGCUAAUCUUCUUGGGGAAGGUGGAUUUGGUUAUGUUCAUAAAGGUGUCCUUCCUAGUGGAAAAGUUGUUGCAGUUAAGCAGCUGAAAGCUGGGAGUGGGCAGGGGGAGCGUGAAUUUAAGGCCGAGGUUGAGUUUAUUGGUCGUGUCCAUCAUAGACACCUCGUUUCGUUGGUUGGAUACUGUAGCACAGGGAUUCAGAGAAUGCUUGUCUACGAGUUUGUUCCAAACAGCACAUUGGAAUUUCACUUGCAUGGAAAAGGGAGACCAACAAUGAGUUGGCCAACUAGAAUGAAAAUAGCUAUAGGCUCUGCAAGAGGGAUGGCAUAUCUGCAUGAAGACUGUCAACCUAAGAUAAUUCACAGGGACAUCAAAGCAGCUAAUAUCCUUCUUGAUAAUGACUUUGAGGCGAAGGUUGCAGAUUUUGGUCUAGCUAAGUCUUCUCUAGAUACUGAUACUCACGUCUCUACCAGGGUCAUGGGAACUUUUGGAUACUUGGCUCCAGAAUAUGCAUCUAGUGGAAAGCUUACAGAUAAGUCGGAUGUCUUCUCUUUUGGGGUUGUGCUUUUGGAGUUGAUUACUGGACACCAUCCUAUCGAUAAAUUUCAUAACUUUACAAAUGAUAGCAUGGUUGAGUGGGCAAGGCCUUUGCUAACGCAAGCACUUGAAAAUGGCAACUUUGAUGGUCUUGUUGACCCUAAGUUGCAGAAUGACUACAACCCCAAUGAAAUGACUCGAAUGGUUGCUUGUGCAUCUGCUUGUGUUCGUCAUUCUGCCCGACUUCGGCCACGAAUGAGUCUGAUACUUCGAGCUUUGGAAGGACAUAUAUCUCUGGAUGAACUGGAUGAAGGAGUUAAGCCCGGUGAUAGCACGAUCUACAGUUCCUAUGGAAGUCAAGAUUACAAGUCUCAUCAAUACAAAGAAGACAUGGAAAAAUUCAAAAAAUUGGCACUACAGAGCCAAGAACAAGUUACUAGCGAGUACAGUUUGCCUAGCACAGAAUCUGGUCUGCACCCGUCAGCCUCGAGUACCGAAGACCAACAAAACACAGAAGAGAACAGAAGAAAAUGAAGAAAGACAUCCCAAGCUUUCAAUGAAAAGUGGUUACUUGCAGAAAUUUUGGCAACCUUGUUUCCCACUUCUCACUUCCCUUCAUUCAUUUUGCAUCACAAUUCAAGGGAUUGGAUUCAAACAAGCUCUCUUAGGAGUCAAGUCAAGGCCUUAAGAUAGUAGGAAGUUUUUCAUUAGUCCUACUAUUGGGACUCAAAAUGUAUAACAAUGCAGCAUUUGUUUGGGAGAAUUAGAAGAAAGGGUUGAGCUACAAAUAAUAUCUAAAAAAUAGUUUUUUUAAAAUUAUUUGUAUAGGAUUGAUUUUUAUGUAGCUGUUGAUUAAAAAAAGAAAAAAAUUACGGUUCAUAUUAUUAUUUUUUUGUA